AUACAAACAUAUUUUUCAUGACAGUUUUUGUUUAUGCCUUGUGAAAAAAGAAAACAAAUUUUAGCUUUUUGCUAAUAUUUAAAGCAAAAAUGUCGACAGAAAAAGAAAAAUUAGAAAAAACUAAAAUAAAUACCCAGGUUAAACAUGUGCCCAAAGAUGCUCAGGUUAUAAUGUCCAUAUUAAAGGAUUUGGGCAUACAGGAAUAUGAACCCCGCGUCAUUAAUCAAUUGUUGGAGUUUACCUAUCGUUAUGUGACUUGUAUAUUGGACGAUGCCAAAGUAUUUGCCAAUCAUGCACGCAAGAAGACUAUAGACUUGGAUGAUGUUAAGUUGGCCACUGAAGUUGUACUGGACAAGGCUUUCACCUGUCCUCCUCCACGACAUAUUAUUUCCAAACUUGCGGAGGUGCGCAAUGCCAUGCCGCUACCACCCAUAAAGCCUCAUUGCGGCUUGCGUCUACCACCCGAUCGUUAUUGCCUAUCUGCCUGCAAUUAUAAACUACGUGCUGCCACUCAACCUAAGAAAAUGACUAAAUCCGCAUUGGAUUCUAGAUCUAGUAUAAAAACACAAGUAAAGUCUUCUGGUGGUGCUGGGUCGGGAGCCAAACGCCAGACUGUUUUGACACCCAAAACUCAAGUUGUUACUAUACCCAAGCCGGUUAUUAAAUUUACUACCACUGCCAAAACUGUGGCAGUGGAUAGUAAACAGGGCAUUAUUUCUUUGGGAACUAGUCAAGAUUCCAGUGGAGGUGAUGUCAAAAUGGAAGUUGAUUCUGAUGCAGCGGCAGUGGGCCAUAUAACCACAGUGACUUCUGGUUUAUCCGGCUCCACUGGCAGUAGUGGGGGCGGUGGUGGUGUUAAAAGAGAACGUGAUGAGGAUGAAUUUGAAGUGGUUCCUUAAAGUAUAAGAUCCGAGUUUUCUGUCACAUUUUUUAACAUUUUAAAUAAAAUAAAUUUAAAACAAAAAAUGUUAAAUUUGAGAUGAUUCUUUUAGAUAUAUUGAAUUUAGAAAGUAUUUCCUUUUAUGCCAUUAGGAACUGAUUUCAAAUCUUAAAUUUCUUUAGUAUAUUUAAUCCAAAAACACUUUAUAUUAUAAUUUUUCAAAUUUUAUUAAAAAAAAAACUUAAUAAUAAAAAGCAAUUCGAAAA